AUGGCAGACUACACGGAAUACAGUAUACCUACGGAAGAAUGGACUGCGUUGGAGAAGACACUUCCACCGCCGGCCACGAACUUGGACGUCCAAGCUAUGAAAGACAUGUUCAACCAAGCUCGCGAGGAGAGGGCCGCUACCGCCAUGGUGAAUGAAGGACUGCAAUCGCAAGUCUCAAUGCAAGACUAUUCUGUCCCAGCAAGGGACGGCUUUCCGUUAGAAGCACGCAGCUACCGUCCUGUCGGUUUGCCAUCCUCACAGCGCCUCCCGGUCUACAUCCAUCUACACGGCGGGGGGUUUCUGUUCGGCACUCUGGCCUCAGAAGACGCCAUUUGUUCCCGGAUAGUCGCAACUUUGGCCAAGGAAAAUACUCCUGUCGUGGUGGUGAACGUCAACUACCGCCACACCCCGGAGUACAAGUACCCCAUCGCCUGGAACGAUGCUGCAGACGCCUUCCACUGGGUUCACGACCAUCUGACGGAGCUGGGUGGUGAUGGCGACAAUGUCGUCGUCGGAGGCAUCUCGGCCGGCGCAUGGAUGACUGCCUCCCUGACACUGGCGCAGCACCUUGGCACGGACGAGCAACUGGCCAAGCGACCGAAAAUCAAAGGACAGGUGCUCAUGAUCCCGCCAGUGGUGGGCCCGGGCUGCUAUGCGCCGCAGCUGAAAUACCUCAAGGAUCCGAAGUUGUCCAGUUACGUGGACUGCGAGCAUGCGCCGAUUCUCCCGGUGAGCCGGAUCCACUUGUUCAUGGGCCUUCUGGAGGCCAAAGGCGACGAGACAGACCUGACGCUCAACCCGGGAAAUGCCACUGCGGAACAGGUCCGGGGAUUGCCUCCUACGACGUUUGGGAUCGCCGGCCGGGAUCCACUCCGGGAUGAAGGGCUCUUUUUUGCCAAGUUGUUGACAGAUAAUGGGGUUCCCACCGACGUUAAUGUCUUUCCUGGUUUACCGCACAGCUUCCGAGCGCAUGCGACGCUGUCUGAAUGUAAGCGAUGGGAUUCGGUCAUGGCGCAUGGAGUGCAAUGGGCGUUGAGCAAGCCGGCUGCUACGGGGGUGUUUGAGAUCAAAACAAAGUAG